GCCGCCAGGAAAUUACAAAAAACGGUGAAAAGAGUUCAUGCUACGCAGUGUUAAGGUCUUAGUGAUGUAAUUGUAGCUUGUGAUAUGUGUGAAGAACUUUUGGAAAGCAAUACUUUAGGGUUUUAUAAUAAUGAAAUUUAAAUGAAAGCUAUAUAAAUCUAGGUCUGAGCUUUUUAAAAUGUGAUCUGAAGUUCAUUUAGAUUUUUCAACACAUCGAAAAAAAUCUAAAAGGCAAAAAGACUUGAUGAUCUCUAGCAAGCCACUGAAAUUCGGUCAUCGUUGUAAAACUUGAAAGAAAGAUGGCGUCGUCGCCACUAUUAGAUUUUGUAUCAAUUGAUGACGAUAGGAACACAACAUAUUUGCCGAAAGAAGAGAAUAAGACACACGAAGAGUUCGACGCCAUUGUUAGCGAAUAUCAACGACGGCUUGCCGAAAUUAUCAUCGAUUUGACCAUGUCAUUCAUCUUGUCACUCUCCGGUAUCUUCACCAAUCUGAUCGUCAUGGCGGUGUUCACCAAGCAAGGGUUCAAGGACAGCGUCGCCGUCUCCAUGACAGCAAUAGCCUUCUGGGAUUUGAUCAAAUGUGUGGGCGGUACUGCGCAGAGGAUGUCCGGUCCCAUCAGCCUGGUCAGCCCGGCGCUGGCUCAAAGCUGGACCAACAUGGGUGUCGUCCUGUUUGACUACUUACUGUCCAUCACGGCAUACGUCACCAGCGCCCUGGCAGCAUACGUUGCCGUGGAAAGAUGCCUGUGCGUUUGCAUACCGUUCAAGGUCAAAGAGAUUCUGAGCCCUCGACGCACGUUCAUUGCCAGUGUCUUCAUCUCUGUCCUCGUCUUCGGCAGCUUCGCUGUCAUGUACGGCAUCUACGACAUCGAGUGGCGGUACGACGCCAAGUACAACGCCUCUGUGGCUAUUUACGAGUACAACAGUUUCUCUCAGAACAACACGUCUCUCUUCGAGUACUACAACAUCGCUGGCUUCUUCUUGCCGAUCUUCUUUCUGGUGGUCAUUGUCAUAUCGACGGUCAUCAUUUCCUACAAGCUGCAGAAAGCCUCUCACUUUAGACACGCAACCACGAACGUCUCGGUCACGUCAGUCACGUCAGAUGUGAACAUAAACAUGACGACCACCAGCAGGACCAUCACCAGGCGUGACAGGAAAAUCGUGAAAAUGCUUCUCGUCAUUAUUGCUAUUUACAUACUGAACCUCUCGCCACGAGCAACUCUUUACCUCACUAAAUACUUCAUCUACGAUUUCUACUUCCUCCGGAAGUACCACAACUUCUUUUUGACCAUGACCUAUAUUGUAUUCUUCUUCGACUUGCUCAAUGGCGCCUGCAACCUGUUUGUGUUUCUAGGAAUGAGCACCACGUUCCGUGGAACUUGUAUGGUGAUGUUUCAUUUCAGGACACAGUUAACACGGCACGGUCCUCGCCACAGCAGUGAAUAUUAGAAUGAACGUUUUAUAUUUAUUAUAAAAUUUCACAUUAGAAAGAAAAGUUUGAAACUUGUUAUAAAAUUCUUUACGAUUUGACAAACUAAUAAUGUUUAAGAUGAUGAAAUUGUGACAAUGUUAAUUCUUUUGCGAUUUUCCAAUGGAUAUGUCGUUAUUCCCCAGUUUUUUUUAAUGUUUGUUUAUUUAAAAAACAAAUCUUUUAAGUGUCGUUCCUACUGUCUCUCAGAAUUCCUCUCAGACUGAAUCGCACGGACAACAAACCAGCCCAGCAUGUAUUCUGCAUUCUACUCAUUGAACGUCUCAUACUAUGAUUUAUGAAUACCAGGUAUUUGUCCCAAACGUCCCAACAAAACAGGAUGAACACACAAUUAUCCCAGAAUUUUGAUCAGAUAGCAUGGGACUUUCAAGUAUUUUAAAACAUAUUUUGAUUUGAUAGAGUACAUUUGAUUAUGUAAUAGCUUGCAUAAAUAAUAUUGUAGAGAUUUAAUUCAAAAAUAGUUUCUUUAUUUUCAUCACUUAUACUAAGUGUAAACAUAAAUGGCACCAAUAUGACACCAAUAUGACACCAAUAUGAC